AUGGCUGCUAUAACUCCUCGGCGUUCUUCACGCCUUCCUCAUACACAUACGCCAAAAAUGUCGGAGCGAAAGAAGAGUCUUUUUGUGCCAGAAACGCCUCCCAAGCAGGAGUCAUUGACGAAGCAUCGAAGGCUAUCUGUUGUUGAUAGUGAAGGCGAUAGCGAUGAAUGUGAUCUCGGCAUCAUCAGUACUCUGGACUCUAGCUCUUGUGAUGAAAAUGAUCCCAGUUUCCCUAAAACACCUGAGAGGUUUCUGUGGCGUGGAACUAGAAGUCACUCGCGUAAGCUUAACCAAACAACAGAUCUGAAGAACUUUAUGAAAUCUCCCUUUACACUAAAAAAAUACCAAACGCGUUAUUCCUGUCCAGAAAAAUGCACAUCCUCAUCAACACCUGUUACUCCACACUUUCAAAACCACCCUGGAACUCCAUCAUCUAGUCACUCUUGUACAAGUGUCCAUACAACUUCAUCUACCUCUAGCCGGGCCCGAAAAAGCCUGGCCAGCCUUAUUGCUGACACAGAGAGUUGCAGUAGCUCUUUAAAAGACCUAAACUUUGACUCAGAUUCUGGUUCUGAUGCAAAAGAGAACACUCCAACAAAAUCCUUAAGACGUUCCAAACGAAAUCUGAAAUUAACACCAAAAUUGCAAAGCUUCAAAGGGGUUUUAUUGGAGCAAAAGAAAAAUGUUACACCAAUAAAAUCUGCAGUAGUUUGUCUAACUAAAAUGGAUUUGAGUAAUAUCUCUCCAUCUCAUAUAAUGAAAACUCCUCAUAACACUACUGAAACUAAGGCAUCCCCACCUAAACUCAGUCAUCGCAGAUCUGUAAUUGAGGUUCAAGAGAGCCCUGAGUCUGUUUGUGAAAGUGAAAAAAGUUACAAACGAUUAAACUAUGAUGACAAAACUGAUACAGGCCCCGUAUCAAAGUAUCCACGUUUAGAUCCUAGCACUGCUCCCAAAGCCCGUCUCUCUCUCUUUAACAGUGAGCGACUUAAAGAAAUUCUUUCCACAAAAUCAUUCUAUGGCAAACAAAACCCUGAGUUAAACCCUAGUAUUUCAACAAAAAUAUCUCAUGCUAUACAAGUGACAGCAACUCAUAAGCAUAGACCUUUCCAUCCCCAGUCUAACAGAUACAAAAGAAAGCCUGGCCAAAUUAAUAUGGGCGUAAGACAUAAAAUAAGGAAGCCCAAGCCUUUAAAGAAGCAAAUAGCUGUCAAAACCAAUUUGAUGGGAAUUAAUAAAUCCUUAGUAUCCAAUAAUACUGUAUCAACUAAUAAAGAUGAGUCUUUGAGUCAAGAUACAUCACAGGAAAUGGAGCAUGACAAAACAGAUCCAUUUGAUAAAGAAAGACAGACAAUUGAAGCAUUACUCAGUCAGUGGACUGAAGAGGAGGUGCCUGAAAAUGAACUGGUUCAUAGAAAAGAGCUUCCUUGCUUCAAUAGCACUGUUAUUGAGGAGACCAACCCAAUAUUUGAACCAGUCAUAGCUGUACCAGUAAACAGUGUAUUACCCCAAGAUGAACCCGUGAUCCUUGAAAUAGGUCAAAAAUUACCGACAGCCCAGUUAGAAGCACCUACAGUUCAGCUAAAUGAUCAGUUGCAAGCUAAUGAUCAAAUGAGUGAUGCAGUAAUGGAAUCUCAUACAGCCAGCCAUGGUGUGAUAUCAGAAGGUCUAUUACCAGUUGAAGGUGGCUAUAUUGUAGUUGAUGGAAAUGUUGUUCAUGGUCAGCAUGAAAUACCCGAUUUAGAUGAAAUCGAGCGAGAGAUAAAAAUGCUUGAUGAGCAAAUACUCAAAUUGGCUGAAUCAAAUAACAUCAAUGCUGAGGCAGUGUUGGCGUCUACGGAAACAAUGCCAUCCCCAUCAUUACCAACUGAAGCAGAUCAAUCAACGAAGCUCUUCCCAAUCUUCACUAAGCCUAAUCCAGGAAUUUUGACAAAUAUGACUAAAGAAUCUCCGGAUAAAAAGAAGAAAUUUAUAAAGACUGGGAUCGAUCAGUAUGUGAUCGAUGCUGGGCAGAAGAAAUUUGGGGCCACGCAGUGCAGCGAGUGUGGCGUUAUAUACCAGAUCGGAGAUCCAUUAGACGAGCACGAUCAUCUUAUUCACCACAAUGCCACCGAUGUUCUUAAAUUUAAUGGUUGGAAAGACGAAUACAUAGUAGAGAAGACACAAACGGGUCGUAUUAUUCGCGUUCGUGGUGGUGAUACAGGGUGGAAGAAAGUCCUCUCCGUGCUCAACAGGGUGGUCCAUCCUCAACUCGGAUACAGCUCAGAUUUGCCAGGAGAAACUCAUGGAUAUACAGCCUAUCUGUACAUUGAAAAGAAGCAAAUCGUGGGUUGUCUGGUGGUUGAACCCAAAGCCAGAGCUUACAAGUUACUUCCAGGAGAACCUGACUGCUGCAGCGUCGAAGAAUAUCCUGUCAAAUGCGGUGUAUCCAGAAUAUGGACCCACGCGAAGUACCGCAGACGGGGCGUAGCAGUUCGUAUGCUGGAAUGCGCACGCGCAUCUUUCCUCUAUGGAGUCGCUCUCACCAGACAGGAAAUUGCCUUCUCUUCUCCUACUCCCUCGGGGAAGGCUUUUGCCACGAAAUAUUGUGGCACCGAAAACUUUUACGUGUACUUGAACUAA